UAUUUGUUGUGUUUAUGCGCCUAAUUAAAACAAUAUACAUCGAAUUUUCAGAUCUUGUAUGCACGGUCCAUCAGAUUACCAAUACUUUUCACCGUGGCUUCUCUGUCAGUCACUUCUCUCUCACGGUGGACACAAGUUUCUUACAUCGGAAUUUUCCUUAUCGUUGUUGCCCCAGUCCUGUACGGUUACGCCAUUCACAGGUCUCCAAAUUGUGCCAUAGUAACAGUGGAUGGUUAAAUUAAUGCCCCAUUUGGACCUUUAAAGACCAGUUAUUGCGCAGAGGACAACUGAUAAAAGGACAUUUGGCCGUUUACUCCUGACCUCUUCAAAUUGCCGGCAUCCAAUUUUUAAAGAAGAGAGGAGGACACAACGGCUUGUUGAGCUUUUUGGCUCAUUACGAAGCACUUAGUGACAAUCCCGGCCACAAUGUCUUCAGAACUAUUGCCAUUGUAAGUUCAGCCAAUUGUCAUUCACAGCUGAUUCAAACACACAUCAUCACCAACCUUCUUACCACCCAAGAUCACACUACCUUCAUUGUAUUAUAAACAUAGCUCAAGCAAUUAUUAGGUCCAUUGGUUUCUCCUAGUCUCACCUCGAUUCCCCGAAAAUGCAUCGAGCGCCUGUCCGGGUGCUCACCAUUCUGAUGUUUCUCGUCUUUCCAGUGGCGAAUUCGGUUGAUGAGGGUACCAAGCAGUCGAUGAUUCAGUUCAUGGACAAAGUUUCUCCUGGGAGUGAUCAAGGUUGGAGCUUGUCCACGGAUCCCUGCACCGAUAAUUGGAAGGGCGUGGCAUGUGAGUCACAGUCGGUGAAGAGGAUUGUUCUCGAGGGGCUCAACUUCUCGGGGACUCUCGAUGCCAGUCCUCUCUGCAGGGUACAGUCUCUCGCUGUUCUUAGCCUCAAGGGCAACAAUGUGGUGGGAGGGAUUCCGGAAGAGAUUGCUAACUGCAAGCAUUUGACACACUUGUACUUAGGCGGGAACCGGUUCUCGGGACAACUCCCCGACGCCAUCUCGAAAUUAAAUAACUUGAAAAGGCUUGACGUAUCUGAUAACAACUUCACCGGUCCAUUGCCGAAUCUUGUUCGGAUCUCGGGCAUGAUUACCUUCUUUGCUCAGGACAACAAUUUCACUGGAGAACUGCCCCAGUUCGACUUUGCCAACUUCGACCACUUUAAUGUCUCGAACAACAAUUUCACUGGUCAGAUUCCUGAUGGCGGAGGCCGUUUCCAGGAGAACAGCUUUCUGGGGAAUCCGGGAUUGUGCGGAAGUCCGCUGCCGAAUUCAUGUCCGCCCCCUCAACCAGCCAAGAAGAAACAUAAAGACGUAUCGCUUGAGAAGAUUCUUAUCUAUUUGGGCUAUAUAAUUCUUGGCCUGAUCGUUGUGCUCUUCUUGGUCUACAAAAUAGCAAGAAGAUCCAACAAAAAAGCAGAUGGGGGGGUUGAUGGUGGUAAGGAUAGGAGAUCUGGUACUAGCAGCAGCAAGGCUAUUGGGGCGUCGAGUGAACCAAAGACUAGCGAGAACAGGUCGGAGUACUCGAUAACUUCAGUGGAGAGUGGAAUGACCACGUCGUCACUUGUGGUACUAUCGAAUGCUCCUGCGCUGAAGGAUUUGAAGUUCGAGGACUUGCUUAGAGCGCCGGCCGAACUGCUUGGAAGAGGAAAGCAUGGAAGUCUUUACAAAGUUGUGCUCAGCAACGGCCUUGUUCUGGCCACGAAGAGAAUCAAGGAUUGGGGGAUAUCUGGCGAGGACUUCAAGAACAGGAUGCAGAAGAUGGAUCGAGCAAAGCAUCCUAAUGUUCUGCCGCCUGUCGCGUUUUAUUGCUCCAAGCAAGAGAAGCUCCUGGUGUAUGAAUAUCAACCAAACGGAAGUCUCUUCAAUCUUCUCCAUGGAAUGCAGGAUGUGCAAAUAUUUGAUUGGGGAAGCAGGCUAAGCGUCGCAGCCACGAUAGCCAAAGCUUUGGCCUUUAUGCACUCAGAGCUUCGUGAAGACGUGAUAGCUCACGGCAAUCUAAAGACUACAAACAUCUUGCUCGACAAAGACAUGGAUCCGUGCAUCAGCGAAUAUGGCCUAAUGGUGGUGGAAAGCUACUCUCAAAUUUCCGAGAUAAGAAGCGAUUCUGCUUCUCCGCACGACGCCUUCAAGGACGACGUAUACGGCCUCGGGCUAAUGCUUCUCGAGCUCCUGACAGGCAAGAUGGUCCAGAACAACGGGCACGAUCUGGCCAAGUGGGUGCACUCCGUGGUCAGAGAGGAAUGGACCGGGGAAGUCUUCGACAGCGUCCUGAUAUCCGAAGGCGCGGACGAGGAAAGGAUGGUGAGACUGCUGCAAGUAGCUCUCCAGUGCAUAAACCCUUCUCCCGCCGAAAGGCCGAGCUCGAGCCAAGCCGCGGCGCUGAUAGGCUCGAUCAAAGACGAAGAGGAGCGAUCCGUGUCGUCGGAUUCCUGAUGGAAAAACUUGCUCUUCUGGGAAGGGGAAUGUGAACAGUGAGAGCUUUUGCCAGAGCAAAAUUUGUUCUAUGGUUUGGUCGUUUUGGUCCAGUCAAUUUGACGCAGUAAGUUUCUGAACAGUGAACAGCAGACUACUUAUUUGUUAUUUGUAUGUAUGGAGAAAUAAUUCUUUGCUUCAACGGUACGAUUGAAUAAUUCGAUUA